AUGCUUAGUUCCAUAUCUGACAAACCGGUACAUAUCCUUGGACUGACCGCGACACGCGACGAAUCAGAACCAGAAGUACCUUCGAAGCGCAAGAGGAACUCUCGCACCGGCCUCGAACCAUACAACACGCCCUUCACUUUCAAAUCGUAUCCAGGCUUCACAUACACCAAGUCUGCCACAUUUAGGCCAAUACGGGUCAUCAAUCGGUCCCAGUUACCGCUCACCUUUCUCGACACAGCCGCCGCCGCCGACCGAUUCCCACCUAAUGGCCUGUUCACGGCACAAAUCGAUGUAUUGGAAGAAAACGAGGGCGACCAAAAGCAGAAUACCGAGGCUUCCAAAGUGCUCAUCGCACAACUUGAAACAGAACGAACCCUCUAUGCCGUAGAACGAGUUCAAGCUCGAGUAUACAGCAUAUGUAAGCUAGCUUCAUGGUUGAAAGAAAAGGAUACAGAAGAGAUUUGGGAUUCGGCCAAAGUCCCAGUAUGUCCCGUGUCCUCGGCUUUCGAUACAGCCGAGGUUGCUGGAGGAACGUGGUGGCAGCAUGCUAUCGUGGAGACAAAGCUGCUCGAGAGGCCAGUGAAGCGUGCAAGGAUGUCGAUGGCUCGACCGGCCGCAGAGAUAGUGUCUGUCAAACCUGAGCCCCAGCAAGAAGUCGAUUGUGCAACAGCGCCACCAGCCCAAACGGAUGGCGCCAUCGCAACUGAAUCUCUGCAAGAGCCUCAUCCUACGCACGUGCUGACCGCUCAAGAACAACUGGAUUCUCUCGUGCAGCAGUAUUUGGAUGCGGUCUACACCUCGAAGACGUCACUAGCAUACUUUGCCAAAGGUCCUAUAACGCGAAUACGCAACACUUUUACUUCGACCGAAGCAGACGCUCCACCAACACACGAACUGGCUUCGUUCCUCAGGUCGAUGUUGUUGAGUCCAAAAGCCGGCGAGAAGAAGUACCACGAAAAGCUGCCUGCCGUCAUUCGGGCUAUACCUGUUGGAGCCGUUUCGGACGAUGAUGCAAAUGGAAAACCUAGCAAGGUCAAGAAAUCCAAGAAGAAAACAAAACUCAGUCGUGACGGCGUCUAUCCUAUGGAAGAUGUCUUCAUCAAGAAGUGGUGGAGGUCUGAGAUGCUUAGCGCGGAGAAUGCUGGUCAUGAGACUACUGAAAUUCGUAUGAGACGGAAAAUUGGAGAUUUGCGAGUCCGCGAGACACUUGCGCAGAUGAUCCUGAUACUAGAAGUCAUUGCACUUGAAUCGCUGGUGACUUACGCGGUGCGGUCAGAGGAAAGACUUCCUGUGGGAGAAAUCCGACUCCAGGACGAGUCACAGAUCCACCCAAAAAAGCGAAAGAAGAAACUUGACGACAUUGCGUUGCAACUGGAUCUUCUCUUAGAUAAGUUGAGUAUUUGGCAUGCUACUGAAGAGGUUGGGAUUCUAGACUUCGACGCAAGAUCUACAAAACAGCAUAACAACGCCGACGGACUAGAAAAGGAUGGUGCUAGUGAUCGCCUGCAUGGUUUCUGUGUAGAAGUGGUCGUCCCCUUCUAUAUGAGUAGACUCCCAGAGCAGGCUCUUAUCAUCAACAAAAAGCUUGGAGGGCCUACCACCAUCGCAUCUUCGAAACGUAAGGCGAUGAAGCCUCCUCUGACAUCGAAGAAGUCUGGAGAAUCCAAAGAACCAGACAGGAAAAAGUCUCGUCGAUCGCUGGCAAGAGUAGCCACUGAUACUACAGGCAAGACUGGAGACAAGAAAACACCGUCCUUGGCUCGAUCUGCCACUGACACUGCGCUGUUACGACAAAGUAUCAAACGAGAGACAAGCGAGGCGCCAUUAUCGACGGUUCCAUUCCAACGCAGUCCUUCAAGAGCUAGACAGUCGAUGUCUCAGCUGAGACAUCUUCAGGGGCGUGAGCUGGAUCUAACGACCACCUCAGCCGCCGCCGCGGCGAAGCUGAAGCAUAAGGCACGAGUGGAGGAUGAUCUCAAAGAGGCUAUCGCCACUCUGAAAAAGCCCAACCGAGACUUGGCUGCUGGCAGCUAUAUGGCUGACCUCGAGAAGCGAGGACUUGGCUCGGCCAACAGACCCAGGAAGCAAGCCAACCCUGUAAGAAAGGUAGUGAAGGAUGUACAGGUCACUGCAACACCUCGAGCCGGCCGAAGAACCAAGAAUGUGGUUGAUCAGACACCAGUCCGUUACCAUUACGAUGCAUAUACCAGGCCAGCUGCAACCGAAGCGGCGCAUUUGAGCGAGUCCUGCAUUCCGUCUUCAGGCGUCCGCCAAUCGUCUUGCGUGAUACCGGGUACGAUUCAGCGUAGUGUAACGGGCCGAGAGCUAGCGCAUUUAGGUGUUGCCGAGACACCUUCCAAAGCACCGACCGCGAAGAUGUUCACCUCAGGGGCAGCUCGCAGGAUGAUCUUCGCAACCCCUGUCAAGGGCUCGACUCGACUCUUUCAGGAUGACGAGCACCAAACUUCAAAUGUGUUUGAAACUCCUGUCAAAACGGUGGGCAGCUCACCACCCAGUACUACAGAUAUGAUGCCGCCAAUUGUUGCGGCUACACCUGUCACGACGACGGUCUCGGACGCAGACACUGCUCCAGUUGCUUUUGCAACUCCAGCGAAGAGAGCUGACGAGCCCUCCAUAUACGAAGCACUGGGCUGGGCCGACGAUGAUGACUUUGCUUGA